AAAGUUGAUUGCAAAGAGAAGGCCUUUCUCAUUCUUUUGCUCUUUUUAAGCAUUUUCAAAGAGAAAUCUAAUUUUAUCAUGAAAUUCACUGUGCAAACGAUAAGGAAAAUGCUUCCUAAGGAAUAUUUGCGAAAAUAUGUAGCCCAUCAAAUUUUCGACUCCAUGUAUUACUUCAAAAACCUGGUGCCUAAGAUGGAUGAGUACGUGUACAAAGACGGAACUACAAAAAGUUUAAUGAACCUUACAGGAACCCUUCCAGUGGUGUAUUCAGGCGAAACAUACAAUAUCCCCAUAUGUGUUUGGAUUGAGCCAAACUACCCCAAUUCUCCACCGAUGUGUUACGUGAAGCCAACACCUGAAAUGAUUAUUAUCAAAGGACAGUACAUAUCCAGUGAUGGUGAGGUCACAGUACCUUACUUGAAAGCUUGGAAGAAGAGUGACUGUGACUUAUCUAGCCUGCUGCAGUUGAUGGCCAUCAUGUUUGGAGAGUUUCCUCCAUUAGCAAUGCGUUCCCAUCAAGAACCUGAGCAAGCCUCAUGUUGGCUGCAGUUCAACAAAGAAGCAGAUGGGAGAUAUUGCGUGUCUUUACCCAAAGGAGAUGGCCAACCUUUCCAGCAUGAAAAUGAAACCAGUUGUUAGUCUUUUUGUAUAUAUCUGUACAAUUUGUGUAAAUAAAUAAAAAUAAUUAAUAGUGUUUUACUCAAUGAAAAAACAGACUUAAAACACAUCACCCUCUAACUGAAAAUCAAAACCAAAACAGCACAAUGUACAAUGUUAUCUGCUAAAAGUUCACAUAUAAACAUUAGGACAGUCUUUUAGGUCUUGUGGAAAUGACUUUUCUGACAGUAUUCUUGUUUCUUAUGUCCACCAUUUUCACACUGCCCUGAAUUACUUUACAACUUGCUGAUAAAAAACCUUGUUUGCACUGACUGGUGAUUUUACAUGGAACUUUGAACAGAGAAGUCACAUACAACCAAAUACAGCUCAUGCAUGUAAAUAUUCUUAUUUUAAUUUCAAAAACGUUUUGAGAGAAUGAAAAAAUAGAACUGCUCAAGCUGAUCGGCACAAAGUCUAAUGAAAUGGUUGCCUUAAGUUGUUUUUGUUUUGUUUUGUUGCUUUUUCAUCUUUAAUAUCCAAGUUACUUUGCUUGAAAUGUUUGGAACUUUUAACCACAACUUUUCAAAGACAUAAUAAGGAAUAUUUCUUUUAUUGGCGUAAAUAAAAUGCUCUAACAAAGAAA